CUUUGACCCAGACUGUCGCCGCCGCCGCCCCGCAGUCCCCGGGCUCCCGAGGGCACUGUUCAGACGCCAGCCUCCGGGGCCCCCAGGACAGCGGCUGCCGCGUCGCCGUCCCCGAAGUCCCGGGAAACAUCCGCCCUCUAGGAGACGAUGCUCGACGUACGAGGAAGACCACUUCCUGGAGCCUCUGAGCUGUAGUUCAGCCUGGAGUUACCGGCCACGGUCCAGGCGCAAACAUGCUCCACGCCACCAGCGAACUGGAGUUCUCAAGCGACAAAACUUCGGAGGGGAUCUCCCACCUCGCUUCCCUGGCGCUGUCGGCGGACUCCUCGCCCAGCGAAAAAAGCUCUCCUGGCUUACCCGAGAAAACGGGCUAUCCCGACUCCGUUUACGUUAUGGCCGCAAACAUUUUUCAGGGAAUUCGAUUCGAAAAGUCCCCGGAGCAAGUCUUAAUAAAGUACGGGAAUGAACCCUUGCGGUCCUUGCCCGAGUCAGAGGAUGAAGCCUUUCAGCGGUCGUCCUAUGAGCUGGCUUUCAGUGCCCUGAAGUUUCAAGAUAUUUUGGAAACUAUGUUAAUAGACAGCUAUAUCUUCCCAAGUACCACAAUACCAGAUCAUUUGAGCAGUCUUAUUAUUGUGAUGCUGUAUGAUUUCCAAGAUAGAAAAUUUCAAGCUCGUCUUUUCUCUGAUAAUGAAGAGCCCAUAGCAGAAGUUCAAGAAGUAGAGAACCUUCUUAACAGUUUUAAGACGAAAUUGGCUGCAGCUUUGGCAAGAUGCCGAAUCAAACAUGAUGCUCUUUCAAUAUACCACAUUCUUCCAGAAACUGUUAGGAACCAGGAACUAAGGGCCUCUACUUUGCCACUUUAUGCUUGGAUAAAUACUUGUAAAAUCAGUCCUGAAGACAUUUAUUAUAGUUUGAAGAAAAAAGGCUAUAACAAAGUCAACUCUGUAUUGCAUAUUGAUGAGAAAGUCUUUGCUGUGGACCAACAUUGCUAUGAUGUCUUAAUUUUUCCAUCUCAUCUCAAAAAUGAUCUUCUAAAUACAGAUCUUUUCAAAGAUUAUAAACUUAUAUUUCAGGACAAAUCUCGAAGUCUCGCUGUCCAUUCUGUAAGGGCUUUAUUAAAUAUGGAUGAUGAUAUCUUAAUGGUUAAUACAGGUUCAUGGUACACAGUUGCCCAUAUGUCAGUCUUAACAAAUAAUAAUACCUCAAAAAUAUUUGUGUGUGGAGUAAAAUCACAAGCUAAGGAUCCUGACCUGAAGAACCUUUUUACAAAAAUGGGAUGUAAAAAUAUUGAAAUACUUCAUGAGACAUUUCUUAACAUUGAAUCAAAGGAUCAUAGAUUACAGAAAGUUAAAGUGAUUCUGCUGCUACCUCGUUGUUCAGGACUGGGUGUUAGUAAUCCAGUGGAAUUUAUACUAAAUGAACAUGAAGAUACAGGUUUACUUAAAGAUUUCUCUCAAGGAGGCACAUCAGAAGAUAAACUUCACAUUCUUGCUCAACAGCAAUACGAACAGCUCACACAUGCAAUGAAAUUUACUAAGGCUCAAGCAGUCGUUUACUGCACAUGUUCAGUCUACCCAGAAGAAAACGAAGCUGUCGUGAAGAAAGCACUAGAAUUUCAAGACCUUGGGAUUAAAGUACAGCCUUACAGGCUUAGUCCUCCUGUCCUUCCACUGUGCUCCUUAAAGGAAAUACAACUGUCUACUGAUAAAUUUUUCAGAAUGGAACCAUCUGGAAUUACCAACGGUUGUUUUCUUUCUGUUCUAACAAGGGAGCGGGACCCAUCGGAAACAGUGUCUGUGAAAGACGUUUUGGCCCGCGCUGCAGCAAAGGGUCUGCUGGAUGGAAUUGAGUUGGGUAAAUCUUCAAAACGGGAGAAGAAGAAGAAAAAAUCAAAAAUAUCACUGCCGAAAGCUCCCACCAAUGACAAUAACAGCAUCCAAAUGAAAAUCACGGAGUUCCUGAAUCGAGAAACUAAUGUAAAUGCUAAUCGGUCAGAGAUACUAACAACAAAAACAUCUCUUCCACAGAAAAAUGCAACUUCAGGGGGCUCCUCCUUGCAGGUCAGAAAACCCAGCAAGCCUGCCACCAACCCCUUAGUGCCUAUGUUUAUGAAGAACACAGCUCACCCCAGACCACACGAAAGGCAGACAAACUUCCUAAGACCUCGCCCAGAAGGCAGAGUGAUUGCACUGAAACCUAUAGAGAUUGUUUUGCCUCCAGUAAUGUUGCCAUUUUCAAGUCCCCAGGGGAUCAAAUCUCAGAUACCAACUCAACAUUUUUACUAUCAUUGGGUUGCACCCAAGACUGGUUACUUUCCCUCACCAGCAAUAACCAGAAGAGGGGAAAAGCCUAAGGAAAACUCACCUUCCUCCCUACUCAGGCAUCCUCGACCAUGGCUUUGACUGUCUGGAUUUUUUUUCAGGGGUCAAGAGCAGUUGAUUUUUUUUUUUGGAAGUCUGAUAUUUCUCUGAAGGUUAGAUAACCCUACACAAGAUACUCACCCUUUGGGUCACUUAGUGUCUUCUACAUGUGAUAGUACCUUCAAGAGAAUGAAGACAAGUGAGAAACAAUAAUGUAGGCGAUUCAACAAAAAGCCGAAGUCCUGUAUUUCAACAGCUCAGUGCUGAUCUGUUCUAGAACGUCCAGCUGCAGACCCAGGACCAGCUGUUAGAACUUGUCUCCCUCUUGCUAACUUUUAGUUGGGACUCGGGACACCAUUUUAAGAGGAAGUGGCAACAAUUUUUUCCUGAAGGGAAACACGGCCUUAUAACAGACUCGAGGCGGCUUGUGAAGAAAGCGCAGAGAGGGAAAAGACGCCGGCCCCUCGCACUGACUUUAGCUUGCUUUUCGGUAUCUGUUCAGUUGUGGUUUGACAUUUUCAAUUACUAUGGAGGUCGAUUUUUUUCCUGAAGUAUCAAAAUAUUCUUAAACACAGGAUGGCACGAGUUUUUGUGAUGUGACUGAGACUGAGUCGGAGUGCGAAGAGCGGGAGGUUCUGAAGUUCCUGGUGUGGGUAGUUCAGCUCCUUGCUCGUUAUUACCAGAGCGAGAAGUUUCUCGUCGGGGGAGCUGCCAGGAUCCCGAGCAGAUGGAACAUUGCCCACUAUCCCUGCUGACCGCACCAGAUACGGUUGUAAAAAAGGGACUGUACACAGGCUGCCAUCUAAGUAGUAGUAAUUCUGAGGAAGAGGCAAACCUGCUGAAUACAAGUGACACUGGUUACUGAAGAAAUCCAUAAAAAUGUCUGAUUCUGUUCCAAGAUCAGGUGAAACGGUAAAAUCUACAAGUCAUUCCGAAUGGUACAUGGUAAUCACACUUUGGUAAAUCAUUUCUGAUGCGCAAUUAAAAUACAUUGUAGCGCUAUGUUAACUAUAUUAAAAGUCAACUCACCUUGAAUGUAUUAUCAAUUGCCUACCAAGAAUUGGUAUGAUUAUCAUUUCUGGGUCUAUUGAUUCUUUUUUCAUCAUGGAAACAGAAAUUGUUUGACAUUGAAUCAAAUAAGUUACAAGUAUGAAAAUAUUGUUUAAAAAUGUUCAUAAACACAUUAAGUUUGAAUAUAAAGUUCUAUUUUCAGAAUCCAGUUGUGUUGAACAGUGUUAUGUAAAUUCCUAAAUUUUCAAUUCAGGUGGCAUGAUUUCACGAGAACAUUGUCCUCUUCAAGAUGAAUUUUUAGGCAUAUUUUGGAUCUAAUAUUCGAGUCUUUCUCACUUGAAGUGAGGAUAAACAAAAUGGUGAAUUUCAUUUUAGUAGGAAUAGAACUUUAUCUUUGCUGGAAAUUCACAUUUAUCAGAAUGUGUCAGUGAAGAAAGGAAACAAGCUUUUAUAUCCUUGAACUUCUAUUUUAAAUCCCCAAAGAAUUCUCUAGCUAAUUAUGACUCUCAAAAAGUGCAAAUGUUUUAAAUGCCCAGCUUAAUUUACUGAUUUCAAAAAU